AAGUGGACACAAGAGCGUCUGGACCUCUGGCCUGCCCACACCUGAGUCCCCUGCCUCAAUUAAACGACCCACACACGAGCGCCAAAAGUAAAGUUGGCAACUGCAGAUUCCCUGGGAAUUAUCCGUGCUAUAUUAAAUAUCACUAACGGUUGCAGUAACUUAAUCCGGCGGCGCAAUGUCGGGGAACGGGUUAACAUCCAGUAUCCGGAGGCUAAUAAAGGCCGGAGAGCGGCUGAGGACAGGCAACCCUAGUCCGUUUGAACAGCUACGCCAGCAGAUGAAUGACAUCUUGGGAGAUGGAGGGAUCCUUAAAGAGGUGGUCCAGCGUGGAGAGGGCCCACCUGUACCCCAAAAUGCUUCAGUAUUGAUCCAUUACUCGGCUUUCCUGGAAUAUUCAGACCAUCCUUUUGAAACCAGCACGAACUUCAAGUACCCCCAGAUGAUGAAGUUGGGGAGAGAUGUGACACUGGCUGGACUGGAAGUGGGCCUGCUGACCAUGCAGAAAGGAGAAUUCUCUCGUUUCCUUUUCCAGCCACAGUAUGCAUACGGGGACAUGGGUUGUCCUCCAUCCAUUCCCGCGGCUGCCGUGGUUCUGUAUGAGGUUCAGAUCCUUGAUUUUCUGGACUCGAGACAAGUGGACGACUUUGUCGCACUGAGUCCGGAAGCACAGAAUACUGUUCCUCUGUCCACGCUUCUUGAAGUUGUCAGCACACUACGAAGCUUUGGCAACCGCUGCUUCAACCAGAGCCGUUAUGACAACGCCAAAGAUCGCUAUAAACAGGCAAUGAUGCUGCUGGAGAGCAGGGAGAGACAGAGCGAUGCAGAGAAAGAGAGGAUCAACACAGCUCUGCUUCCUCUCUAUCUGAACCUCUCUCUCACUGAGCUGCGUCUGGAAAGCCCGCACAAAGCCCUGAAAUAUGGCAACAAAGCCUUGGAGAUAGACUCAGCCAACACAAAGGCUCUUUUCCGCUGCGGACAGGCAUACUUGGAGCUGCACGAGUACGAGAGCGCCCAGGGUCUCCUCAUAACUGCUCAAGCAAAACGGCCAUUUGACAGUGACAUUAACAACCUCCUGAGGAAAGUGGCAACAUGCUAUAAAGACAGCUUGGACAAACAGAAAAACAUGUACUCAAACAUGUUUAGAGAUUUGAGAGGCCCAGUGAAGAUGUAAAUAUAAAGAAGAUGGUAGAGGAAGGAAUGAGCUUCAAGGUUCAAGAGCACAUUUUCUCUCUAGGAUUUAUAAUUCUACAAGUUAUACCUUUUGUUUUUUGCACAUGUUAUGAAGGUAAUAAUAUUGUACUGAUGUUAAUCCUUUAAAAGUAUUAGUUAUUUACAAUUCUUCAAAUGUAUGUGAAUAAUGUGGCUCAACAAUUGUUUUUCUGUCAGAAAAUAUACUUUGGAGAUUCACAGAAUUUGCUUUAAUCUAAAAUGACUGAAUGUUAUGACUGGAAGAAGUCACAGGAAAUCUUGAGUGGCUGCAUUUUCUAUAAAGUUGCCACCUCUCCUUAAAUUUUUGUAAAUACUGUUGUAUUGGAGUGUUAAGCAUUUUCUUGGGGUCUGAUCCCUCUUGAGGUGAUAAUAAAAAUAAAAAACAUUUUCACUUCUA